GUUUAUGUAUCGUCUCUGAUUUAGGAGCUAGUUGCAAGUUGCGUUUGAGGUCACGUGACAGUGCACAACAAGCAAGAUGGUGCUGGAAAGUACUAUGAUCUGGUAAGAAUUUGCGCGGUUUGGGGUGCAUUUUGCUUUUAUUUAAUACACAAGUCGAUGCUCUAUUGUAAUUAAAAGAGGUGCAAUGAUUAUUUUACGAAAAAUGUAUAGAUUAGAUUCAUGGUCAUGAAAGUAGGGUUAUGGUAUUGAUGGGUGAUGACAAAGCAACCUGAAUGUUAUGACAUUUUAGUAAAAUACAUUUUAGUUUGGAAGAAUUUGGCGGGUAACGCCUUUCAAUUAAAUGUAACUUUUAAAUGAUAGCAAAUUUUUAUUUCAAAAUUGGAUUGUAAUUCAAGUUCGAGUGUUGACAAUAGUGAUUUUAUGAGGAAUGGAGAUUUUUUGCCAACUAGAUUACAGGCUCAGCAAGAUGCUGUAAAUCUUGUAUGUCAUUCAAAAACUAGAUCUAAUCCAGAAAACAAUGUCGGAUUAUUAACAUUAGCCAACGUGGAAGUUCUUGCUACUCUGACAUCUGAUGUUGGUAAGAUACUGUCUAAACUCCAUCAAGUUCAGCCUAAAGGAAACAUUAAUUUAUUGACUGGAAUCCGAAUUGCACAUUUGGCAUUGAAGCAUCGCCAGGGAAAAAAUCAUAAAAUGCGAAUUGUAGCAUUCAUUGGCAGUCCUGUCAGCACUGAUGAAAAAGAAUUAGUAAAAUUAGCUAAGAGGCUGAAAAAAGAGAAGGUUAAUGUAGAUAUAGUUAGUUUUGGUGAAGAGGUGAGUCCAAAGGUUGCCAACAAUGACCUUUUGACAUCUUUUAUUAACACAUUAAAUGGCAAAGAUGGAUCUGGCAGUCAUCUUGUGACUGUCCCUCCUGGUCCACAUCUGUCAGAUGCACUUAUUUCAUCCCCAGUCAUUCAGGGAGAAGAUGGAAUGGGAGGAGCUGGACUAGGAGGAUCAGGUUUUGAGUUUGGUGUUGAUCCUAAUGAAGAUCCUGAACUGGCUUUGGCAUUGCGAGUAUCUAUGGAAGAACAGAGACAACGACAGGAAGAGGAGGCCCGGCGUGCUCAAGUUGCGUCAGCUGCAGAAGGAGGAUCUACAACUCCUGCCCCAAUUAAGGAAGCUUCACCUAAUGAGGAAGCUUUGUUGGAGCGAGCUCUUGCAAUGUCCCUGGAGAGGGGUGAGGAGGAACAGACUUCUCCUGCUAUGCCAGAUUUUGCAAAUAUGACUGAAGAAGAACAGAUAGCUUUUGCAAUGCAGAUGUCAAUGCAAGAUGCUCAGGAUCAGUCAGCCACCAAACCUUCAGCGGUUAAAACCGAAGCUAAGCAAACACCAAUGGAAGUUGAAGGAGAGGAAGAAGAUUAUUCAGAAGUAAUGAAUGAUCCUGAGUUUCUUCAGAGUGUGCUGGAAAAUUUGCCAGGUGUUGAUCCACAAAGUGAGGCUAUUCGUCAAGCUGUGGGAAAUCUUUCAAAGGAAAAGAAAGAUAAGAAGGAUGAAGAUAAAGAAAAGAAGAAGUAACUAAUGGUGUAUGAGAAAUUUGAAGACGGUUUUCUUUGGUAUUUGCUAUAAAAAAAAUACUUGUUCUCAAGAAGGGCGAUUCAGUGUAGGUGUAGCUGAAAUGCAUGCAUUGUCUACUAAAAUACUUUUGUGAGAUCAUUCUGUAUCUUGUCUUGCUUACGUGAAUACAUCAUGGAAGUUGAUGUUCAUUGCUAUGUUCAGUUUUUUUAUUAUCCUAAGGAAGUUGAAUAUUAAUGAAAUAAACAAUUCCAAUAAUGCAACAAAAAUUGCAUUUUCUUCAUUUUCUUAUCUAUUGGAUAAUUAUUUAAAUCUGGUUUAUAAUUAUGCAAAUUAUUCUUAGAAUAAAUGAAUGAACCUAUUAAUGACUUAACAAUCAGCCUUUUUUUUUAUAUAUUCAUUAUUUUCAGUAUAUACAUUUAAUCAACUGAUACUCUGUUUCUAUGGUUUUAAGAAGUGUAGAAACAUGUUCAAUAAAUUGUUGUAAACUCUUUUUACUCUGUCUACAGUGAGAUUUAUAUACAACAUUUUCAGUUAAUACCUGCAGUUGCAUUUCUUUGUCUGUUUGAAAAGAGUUCGUGCAUCACAAAGCUGGUAUUGUACAUGGGAUGUUGAACACUUUCCUUCGAAGUUACAUAUUCACUUUUGUGCUCUGUUGUGGUAAAAUACUAGUUUUUUUAAAGAAUAUUUUUAUUAUAAAUUAAUAUUAAAUUCAUAACUUUCUUCCUUUCGUAUAUAGGUGUGAGUUUUGAUCAUAUAUUUGAAAUUUGACUCUGAACUAUGGACUUAAUUUAAUUAAAAAUGUCAUUCUAUACCACAUGUUAAGAAUGUGAUUGCAAAGGUUAUAAGUGAAAAAGUGGUUAUUAAUAAUUUAAUGAACUUCUGCAUAAACCUUUUGUGUGUUAUUAUACAAACAAAUGUGUGGAAAUGUUAUGGCUUAAACAAAAUAUUUCCAUAAAAUUUCAGAUCUAUGUUAAAUUGUAUUCCUACUUUUUCAUAAGAUCUUUGAAUAUGAAGUCAUAAAAACAGAGUAGACAUAGAAAUAACUACAAUCUUUUGGAAAUGAACAUUGAAUUAUCAACAUUUGUAAAGCCAAUGGUAAUAGUCAGAAAUAUUGCCUUAGCAU